CUCUAGAUCUACUGCACCUCGUAGCUCUCGGCUCCCCACACCUUAUCCUCUCUCGACAUUUCAAUAAACAAAUCCUCCUUCAACCGCAUAUAAAUCAAAAUGCUGUCUGGCAUAUUGAUCUUCAAUCAAAAGGGAGAGAAUCUAAUCUUUCGCGCAUUUCGAAAUGAUUGUCGACCACGACUCGCAGAUGUCUUCCGAAUUCAGGUCAUCUCCAAUGCACAAGUUCGUUCACCAAUCCUUACUUUAGGAAGUACAACCUUCAGUCAUGUCAAACACGAGAACAUAUAUUUGGUUGCAAUUACCAAGAGCAAUGCCAAUGCUGCGCUGGUCUUCGAAUUCCUCUAUAGAUUGAUUGCGCUGGGGAAAGGCUACUUUGGAAAGUUUGACGAAGAAGCGGUUAAGAACAAUUUCGUCCUGGUAUACGAACUUCUAGAUGAAAUCUUGGAUUUUGGAUACCCUCAAAAUACAGAGACAGAUACAUUAAAGAUGUACAUCACAACGGAAGGUGUUAAAUCGGAACGAACCAUGGAAGACUCGGCGAAGAUUACAAUGCAAGCAACCGGAGCUUUAUCAUGGAGGAAGGCCGAUGUCAAAUACAGAAAGAAUGAAGCAUUUGUAGAUGUUAUUGAAGAUGUCAAUCUUUUAAUGUCUGCUACUGGAACUGUUCUACGAGCUGAUGUAAAUGGUCAAAUCGUCAUGAGAGCAUACCUUUCCGGAACACCAGAAUGCAAAUUCGGACUCAAUGAUCGAUUAUUGUUAGAUGGCGAUAGUCUUUCAUCUCUACCAUCUGGAAAUCGUAUGGGUACCAAGGCCACCAAAGCAGCAGCUGGUAGUGUUACACUGGAGGAUUGUCAAUUUCACCAAUGUGUUAAGCUAGGGAAAUUCGAUACCGACAGAAUUAUUUCAUUCAUACCUCCCGAUGGAGAGUUCGAACUUAUGCGCUAUCGUGCCACCGAAAAUGUCAAUCUGCCAUUUAAAAUUCAUGCCAUCGUGAAUGAAGUUGGUAAAACAAAGGUCGAAUACAGUAUUGCAAUUCGAGCAAAUUAUGGUAGCAAGCUAUUCGCUACCAAUGUCGUUGUUAAGAUACCUACGCCUUUAAAUACCGCUCGAAUCACCGAUCGAUGUACACAAGGAAAAGCAAAAUAUGUACCGGAAGAGAAUGUUAUUAUAUGGAAGAUACCAAGAUUUACUGGCCAAAAUGAAUUUGUCUUGAGCGCGGAAGCUACGUUAACAAGCAUGACGAACCAAAAGGCAUGGUCAAGACCACCAUUGAGUUUGAACUUUAGCUUGUUGAUGUUUACAAGUUCGGGACUGUUGGUUAGAUAUCUGAAGGUCUUUGAGAAGAAUAAUUACUCAAGUGUAAAAUGGGUGAGAUAUAUGACCAGAGCAGGGUCUUAUGAGAUACGAUUUUAACCAAAGGUAUCAUUCGGGAUGGAGUUCUGGGAAACAAAGCAUUGCCAAGGCGUCGGAGUAGAAAUUGGGAAUAUAAUACAAUCUUCAUGUCUUACUAUGGUCAUUUUCGAGGAGCUUUACUUUGAUGUCCUCAUCACCCAAUUCUCUAAUCAAAUUCUCGAACACACAUUCCAGUUGUUUUCCUCUUAUACUUAAUACCAAACCACAUAACAAAGCCAUCUUCUAGUACUCCUCCAUCUUUUCGACUUCAUCGUUGCAUUCACCCCAGUCUCACUAUCUUUAUUUAAUCUUCUCUCAUGCCUCCCCGAUGAUCUAACCCAGCAUUAUUUCACCGCGACAAAUCGUCAGAGGCUACUGAAAGUUCAUUUUCACAUAUCUCUUUUGUCAUAAAAUUCAGCUCUGAAGUAACUCUCUUUCUAAUCUCAAAAGAAAGAGUUUGCUGAUAUGCUCUCAUUCAUACAUUCCACACAGCCGAUAUCAGUUUCUCACAGAGCGACGUCUUUUGCAUCUUUCCUCCACAUUAAUUUGCUGCUUUUCUUUGAACUUUACUCUGAUCAAUAGAUUGUCUAUCUUCUUGAAUUUCAAUUUGGCGUUCUUUUCGAGGGAGGGUGUCAAUUAAAAUGGUUACAUACGAGUAGUACUCAUAGAGCGACCCAUGAUGAGAGGGUAACAGGACAUCGCUGCUAAUUGUCUGCAUGAGGUUCAUUCAAUCAGUCAAUAUCUGUGAAUACAUCGCAUGGGCAUUUAGAAAUGACAAAUCAGAUUCUUAUGUUAGCCAUUGGGUCAUCCCCCCAAUCACUGUUUUUGGUCUGAGGCUGAUGGUAAUUCGGCUUUUUCGGUAUGAGUCGCUGAAGGAAGGUUUAAACUUGAUUCGAAAAUUGACAGGACUACUGUCUCUGACCAAUUCCCUAUCGAUACUCACUUCCUAAUCAAUAUCCAAUAGUUGAACAUCCGAAAUAUCUGUCAUAGUCUACGUUAUGAU